AUGGCAGUCUCCCUUGCUGCAUUGGCUAAUGGUACAGAUCCGGCUACAGAAGGGAUGAUGAAUGUGAUGUAUGAUCAAGACUUCCAAGAGUUUGUAUAUGGUAGUAAUACGUCCGCUGCUGUACCUCCAGCAUUACAGCUGCCUGGUACAAGGACCAGUCUCACCCUAGAUCAGCUAAACACACCCACGCAGCUUCCAGCUAGCAACCAAGAGUAUCUACUUCCUGAACUACUGGUGGACAAUGCUCUCCAUGUAAUGGACGUCAGUGAUAAUGCUGAAGAUUCAAAUCCUUUUCCUUCACAUCUUAAUAUGCAAUUCGGUUGUGUGGAAAAACGGGUGGAGAGCAGCAGUGAUUCAGCUGUACCUUCUUUGGGUCCAGACCGCAUUCAUUCGUUAUCCAAAGCUGAAUGGGUUGAUACUUGUUCAGAAACUUCGUCACAUCAAGGCGACUAUGAGAAUUCGGUCUAUUCAGUAGAACAAAAUAUCCAUUCAUGCCACAUGGUGUCAGAAGUUGAAAGAAGUCAUGUUACUCCACAAUACAUGGGAAACCAGCAUCCUUUGCUCGCAGAAAAGAAAUCCAGACUUUUCGGUAGAAGGCCAUUGAAUUAUCAAUGUGUGACAAGUCAAGAGGGUUUUGUCGAGGCUGAACAACUGACUCAACCAGUACUUGAUCCGCAUUAUUUUAAUAUACAAGACCAAGGGGACAACUAUUUAUCGAAUACGUUUGUUCACCAAAAUUUGGAGAGUUCCCCAACAUUGGGCAAUGAAAACUAUUGUGGAGGCGUUUUGGCCAGUGGAUCCAGCGCUCUUUAUAUUGACUCAUUUCUUCAGGACAAUUACUUCCCUCUCUCGAUAGAUGGCGCUCACUCUUUCCAGAAAAACAGUACUCGUAAGAGCAACGAACUGAGCAAAACAGAAUCCGAUAACAGGGAUGAUAAACUAGCCAAAGCACUAAACCUCCCCCUAUCCAACGAAGACAUAAUCGUCUUACCAAUAGAUGAGUUCAAUGAAAAACUUUCCAAGUACGAGCUAACUGAAUCUCAGUUGUCUUUGAUACGAGACAUAAGAAGACGAGGAAAGAACAAAGUGGCAGCACAGAAUUGCCGGAAGCGAAAACUUGAUCAGAUUGUAGGACUUACCAAGGAACUUGAAAUGCUACAAUCUGAUAAAAAAAUUUUGUAUUCCGAACAAGAGCGGUUGUUAACUUACCGGAAUCAUUUACAAGAGAAAUAUAAACAACUAUACCAAGUUGUGCUUCAGAACACACAACGCCAUCUUGCAGCCAGUUUAUAUACACCAGACCAUUCUCAAGUGGUAAUUGAUUCUGGAGUAAAAUCAGGAGUAGACGUUCAAAGACUGAUGGGUAAAAUGCCAGCAGAUUAG